CUWUCCAUUUAUACGCAAUGCGUAUUACGCAUCGAUCGUACGGAUACGUCUGAAGUUCAAUCGGUCGACCGCAACCGGAAAACACGAUUAUAUACUAACCUCGCAGAUUAUUGCGAUUUUCUAUUCAAUUUCUAUCCGGAAAUCGCCGUCGCGGGUCCACAUAAUAAUAAUAUAAAUCGGACGAUGCGCACCGAAAUGCCGUUGGUCUCGGGCACCGCUGCGUUGAUAAUCGUCGCGUUGGCUGGGUGGCCAGGACCCGUUCCYAUGGAAUGCGCCAGGAUAUUGGCCGUGGAGACGAUGUGCGCCAGGAGCCACUGGAACUUCAUGAGUGGCAUUAUCAAGGCCUUGGUGGACAACGGGCAUACGGUCACCGCGUUCACGCCCUUCUUGGAAGGUGGCCGGGAAAACUACACGGAAGUGGACAUAUCCAAAGGGUUUACGGCCAGCCUGGACCUAAACUUGGUCUGGCUCGUGGAGAACUUCCGCAACCCGUUUAGGAUGUACAGUGAUUUCGUAGGAAUUGGUAGGAUGCAGUGCGACUUGGUGUACGGCAACGACGAGAUGAGAAAACUGCUGCAACAGGACCGACCACAGUCGUCGGCCGCGGGGUUUGACGCUGUGCUCAUCGAACCGUUUUGGUCCGAGUGCAUGUCGUACGCAGCCGCUCGGCUCGGAUUGCCGCUCAUCUACGUCAUGCCAACGUCGCAGAUCGCGUUCAUGGAGCACGCCAUUACUGGUCACGUGUCCAACCCCGCCGCCGUUUCCAACGUUUUGACCAUGCACGCCUUUCCCGAAACGUUCGUGGAAAGGCUGACCAACKCGGCGUUACUGGUCUAUGGCACGGCGGUACAACGGUACAAUGAACUCGUGUUCAAGUACACCGAACCGUCCAAACAGUACGAUCAACACGAUUCCGUACCGCCGUCUUUGGUGUUCGUCAACAGGCAUUUCAUUAGCGACGCCCCGAGUGCGGUGCCCAAGAACGUCGUCGACGUGGGUGGAAUACAUCUGAAAGCGGCCAAAAGUUUGCCAAAAGAUGUAUUAGAAUUUAUCGAACAAUCACCUCAUGGAGUAAUUUUUUUCAGUUUUGGUUCAACCGUAAAAAUGUCUACAAUACCGGAAAACAUAAAAAAAGCGUUGCUAAAGGCACUUGAACGAGUCCCGCAAAGAGUGUUAUUGAAAUAUGAAGAUGAAAUGGAAGACAAACCAAAAAAUAUUAUGAUGAAACAGUGGCUUCCCCAACGUGAUAUACUUUUGCACUCCAAUGUGAAACUUUUCAUUAGCCAUGGAGGAAUAUCUGGGAUCUAUGAAGCCGUGGACGCCGGUGUUCCWGUCCUCGGAUUUCCUUUGAUCUUCGACCAGCCGAGAAAUAUUGACAAUCUGGUUAACGCCGGCAUGGCGAUUUCGAUGGACAUACUGUCUGUCACCGAAGACUCGUUCUUAAACAAUAUCUUGGAACUGCUCAACAACAACAAAUACUCAAYGAACGCUAAAAACGCCAUGAAAAUAUUCAAUGAUCGACCCAUAUCACCGGAAUCGUUGGUCGUUUACUGGACGGAGUACAUCCUACGUCACCAUGGAGCGCCACACUUGAAGUCUCAUGCGCUCAAUUUGUCGUGGUAUCAAUAUUACCUAUUGGACGUGAUAGGUUUCACGGUAGCAUGCAUAUCCCUCGUCGUUUUCAUAGUCUACAGUAUUUUUAAAUACGUUGUAUGUACAAAACUUUUUAAUCUUUCACGAUACGUCAAAGCAAAAUUUGAAUAAUUUUAAUUCAUAUAAUAAUAUUAUUAUGGUUUCAUUUUCUCCGAUCUCA